UCCUAAGUGGCGAUGGUGGUGGUGGUGUUAUGUAUGAUAUUAGUGGAGUGCACAUUGUGGAAUGGUGGUGUGGUGUACUGUGCUGUGUUAUGGAAGUGGAAUAACUUGCUUGUUUCGGUGGUUUAAUGGCCAGUAAACUUCGCGACAGAACCUGACAGCCUGGAGCAGGAUGGCGGUGUACCCGAUGGAGCAGCGGAUGUACAUGUUGGAGGACACCACCAUAUGGCCCCUCAAUGUCACCUUCCUGCCCCAUCACCCCCGCGGGGGCACCGUCACCAACUGGAUGGACAAUUGGGCGCCGGACAUCAGCUUCAUCUACACACUGAGGAACAUGUCCCUGGCGUCGCUAGCCAUGCUGGCGUUACUGGAGGUCCCUGAAAGCACCAACAAAUUCCUCUCACAGUUGAGGCGACUACUGGUUCGUUGGGGUUUCUAUCACGUUGUUCUUAUUAACCUGAUGAAGACGGUGGUGGGAGUGGCUUUCAUGGUAUGGUCCUUACCGGUCAUGCUGCCCUUCAUGGCCAUCUUCUAUGUCACCUCUUUCCUCGCUAAAGUGCUCUGCGCUCUCCGGUGGGGGACGAGGGCGAGUAAGGCGCAGGGCCUAGACUGUUUGUGGGGCGUGAAGGAUCAAGAAAACCAGCCCUUCAUCACGGCAUGUCUGCUGGUGCGCGGCGCCCCGUCCCUUCACUGGAUACAGCACGUCCUCCUGACCAAGGUGGUGCAGGUACGUAACGGGGACGGCGAGUACAAGUACCGUAAGUUUCGGCAGCUGUUCUCCCAGCACUGCGGCUACUACUGCUGGAGGGACGACCCUCACUUUGAUAUCAGGAACCACGUGCGUCUAGUGAAACUGAACCACACCGCUUCGGAAGCCACGGUUGAGAAUGACCUUGACUCUGCGUCUGCGGGCGACAAGGAGGAGCAGGAAGACAGGGGCGAGGCGCAGGAGGACAGGAGCGUGGCGCAGGAGAACAGGAGCGAGGCGCAGGAAGACAGGGGCGAGGCGAAGGAGGACAGGAGCGUGGCGCAGGAGAACAGGAGCGAGGCGCAGGAGGACAGGAGCGAGGCGCAGGAAGACAGGGGCGAGGCGCAGGAGGACAGGAGCGAGGCCGAAGACGAGCUGGUGCAGCAGUACGUGAGCGAGGAGCUGACGGAGGACAUGCCUGAAAACAUGGCACCGUGGGAGGUGCUGCUGGUGGCCCGCAAGGACGGCAGGUACAAUGUGGUGCUGAGGAUUCACCACGCCAUCGGUGACGGGGUGACACUCGUCCGGCUGUGUGUGGAGGCGCUGGUGGACACGCCCCUGCCUCGCCCUCCGGUUGGAGCCCCGCCACCCAGCCCCCUCGUUAAGGCUGCGGGCAUCAUGUGGUCGCUGACGAUGCUGCCCUUUGGUAUCAUGAAGCUGGUGGCCAACUUCGACCGCAGCUGUCUCCAUGGCCCGCCGCUCUCUGGCCGCAAAGUGAUGACGUGGUCUAAGGGGAUGCCUCUAAGCGUGAUCCGUGAGGUGCGCCGCGCCGCCCCCGGCACCACCGUCAACGAUGUGCUCAUGACCUGCCUCUCAGCCUCCCUCGACAAGCACUUCACCCGCAGGAAGGAGGAGGGCGUGCAGAAGGUGACCGCAGUGGUGCCCGUCAGCUUCCACGACCGGCACGAGCGCCUCACUCUCACCAACCUCUUCUCCGUCGCCGUCAUCAAGCUCCCCGUCGCCAGCGCCCUCAAGACCUCAGCAAGGCUCGCCGCCGUCAAGGAUGUGCUGGACGCCAUGAAGAAGGACCCGACGUUAUGGGCGAUGUACUUCGUGGUGAAGGCUGCCAGCGAAAUCAUGCCAGCCCCCUUAGCUGCCUACAUGUUCUGCAGCAGCGGCAUCACCUUGGCGGCCAGCAAUGUGCCAGGCCCCCAGCAAGAGAUCAGCAUAUGGGGCGACAAGGUAGAGGACCUGGUGUUCUGGGUGCCCAACAGGACGCCGGUGGGGGUGGGCGUGUCCUUCUUCAGCUACAUGGGUGUGGUAAAGGUCGGGCUUAACGUGGACCUCGCUCUCGUCGACUCCAAAGCAGAGGCGCAUCAGUUGCUGGAGGACAUGGAAGACGAACUGAGACUCCUGCACAGUCGUCUCCUCCCUCAAGCAGCCUAAACGGCCACAGCCACCCAGGAUUGUCUCACGGGGCAUCGCCGUGGUGGUUAAAUCAUUCAUUUUUUUUUUUACAACAAGGGAUGCUACUAAAGGGCAAAAAACAAAAACAACCACAAAAAAGCCCGCUAGACGCUGCUCCGAUAAAAGAAAAUAGAAAGAGAGGCCAGAAGAGAGGGCAACUUCGGGUAAAGAGGUGUCUUGAUGCUCUCCUCUUGAAUGAGUGUAAGUCGUAGGCAGAAAGAAAUACAGAGUAAGGCUGUUCCCGAGUUUACCAGUGGAAAGGAUAAAAUAUGAAGACACUGGUUGACUCCUACAUAAAAGGUUGUUUAAGCAGCCCCGCUCCACGCAACUUUCUACUUGUCACUGUGCUAUCCAAAUCACUUUUGCGAAAGAUAACCAGUAUCUACAUUAUUUUUAUUCCGUUUGCUGGUAAACUCGGAAUAGCUCUCCAUUUUCUGUAUUUCCUCCUGGCUAUGGCUUGAACUCUUUCAAGAGGGGGUAUUCAAGACACCGCUCUAGCCGAAAUUGACCUUCUCUUUUGACCACCCAAACUGUCUUCUUUGCACAGGAGCAGCGCUUGGCGAGAUUUUUUUGUUUUUAUUCUGCCCUUAAUCUGCUUCUAUUUCUGUAACAAAAAAUAUAAAGUGUGCUCGGUAAUAAUGUAGUGUGGUUUCCCUCGAUACUGUUGAUAGGUUUCUAAAGUAAUAUCAGCCCCGGGCAAUGUAUGGUAUCAGUAUCUAGAAGCGAAUAAAUCAAACAUGAUUUGGUAUAACGAAUAAAGAAAACUUCAAUGAA